AAAGAAAAAUCUAUAAUUGUUUAAUAAAAGUGUUUUUAGCUACUGCUACAAAUAUACCCUUGCUACUAACUGGUUUUGUGGUCCAGAGUCAUAUUUAGUAGUUGUACCUAUUACAGCAUGCAAACAAAUUUUAGUUAGAGUAGGACGCUAUUAUGAAUUCAGCCAUAGCUGCAUAAUGCGUACUGUUUAUAAAGUACAAUGUAUAUCAGUUUACUAGUAUGUAAGUACUCCACUCCGAACAUAGCUGAUAAAACAGCUUGCAGUAUGCAGCAAUAAACAUUGCGGUUGUAUUUUACUCUGUUGUCAUAUUAUGACCCUGGUCCUGUCCUAAUACCCACACUCCGGUCUUUGCAAUUAUCUACUUACGUGACAUAUUUCCAGUGUUUGGCCCAAGUGUUUAGGUGUGCAUAAAGACCACAAGUGUGUUUAAAACUUUUAAUGACAUGAUAGGAAACACUUACACACUUAAGGAUGAUAAAUAUAAAGUUGUAAUUAUUGUUCAAAUUCUUUGAGAAUAGGGAAAUCCACACCAUAUCUAUAACAAUGACCACUGAUACAAAUUAUAUCAUUAGAAUAGUUUUCAGAACAGUUUUUUCCCCAUCUGAUCAAUGCUAAAAAACACUGACAGCUAGAAUCCACCCGACUUUACAGACUGCAAGCAUUUAAAGCAGCAGAUGACGUAACUGUGUGGCACAUGCUUAUUAUAAACGCAAUAUUAUUGUGCAUUGUUUUGUUUGCAAAUAUAUUUAUCGUUAUAGUUAUCAUUAUAGUUAUUGUUCAGUAUUGGCAUACAAAUGACCCUUCAGCAGUAAUUUUUGCACUGAUAUAAUAUUGGUUAAAGUGGUAUUAGUUAUGGAAUUAUUUGUGAGCUUGGCAUUUUUCCUGAGACAGUUUUGCACGCUACUUCCUGUCGCAUGCACACACACGGCCAAGACCGGCCCAAACCUUACGUAGAAGUACGGGACGACUACGCCCGUCAGCACCGCUCACCUGCUGUGGAGCUCCGUCUGGACGGCCCGGGUGGGAGAACCCUCUGGCCCUUGCUCACGGUCACUCAGGGUGCGUUAAUCCUAGCCUGCCUUCCUCUAGUGGAAGCACCUCCCGAGCCUCGGCCACCUCUCCCCAGCCUGGCCUCAGUCUCUCAGGGCUUAGCUCUUUUGUCAGGCCUGCAGGAUUUCCUUUGUGGCCCUGGAGGUAAACCAGAGCCUGAUGUGCUGGCCUCCCGUUUGGCUGCUCUUCCCUCGGUGCUCCUGCAGGUUUGCCCUUUGGGGAGGCCACUAGACACCCCUCCUCCUGCUGGAUCGGUGCCUGCUGCUGUGGCUCCAAGCCCAGGGGGGGCUCAAAAGCAGCCAGCCUGGAAGGCAGGGGUCCAUCGAGGCAGGGCGGUGGUAAGCGUGGCCCUUACCGAGAAGGUGAGGUCCAUGCAGUACGGCAAGAGCAGUCAACAAGAUAUCUGGGAUGUGUACGGCAUGGUCAUGUGCAAAUGUGAGGUUGAAGGUGUUCUGCCCAAUGUGACCGUCACCCUCACACUCCCACCCAAUGGUUCGCCCCUGCAGGACAUUCUUGUCCAUCCCUGUGUGACGUCUCUGGAUGCAAGUAUUCUUACCGCCUGCAGUGUGGACGAGAACGACUGUUCCGCCUUUUCAGGGCCAUACAAGUUCCCCUUUUCACCACCUCUGGAGCUUUUCAGACUCUGUAGCUACACCUCACAGGUACCUAUGCCACCAAUUCUUGGCUCCUACCAGCUGAAGGCAGAGGAGAAUCAUCUGAAGGCUAAUGUUGUCUUGAAGCUCCAUGAAAGCGUCAAAAACAGCUUUGAGUACUGUGAGGCACACAUUCCAUUUUUCAACCAGAAUCUAAUGGGAAGUGUGGAGGUCAAAGUGAGCUCAGGACAGCUUGAGGUGUCUAAAGAGAAGAGCCUACUGGUUUGGGUCCUUGGUCAGAAGUUUCCAAAGUCCCAUGAAGCAGCACUGGAGGGGACUGUUCAUUUUUCAGGAACUGUUGCUGGACCAACAGACCCUCUGUGCACAGGACUCACUGCAUAUAUAAAACUUUAUUUCCGUGUGGCAGAUUUUACUCUGUCUGGUUGCUGUGUGGACCAACACUCAGUGCAGGUUUACUCAUCUGCCAAGCCGCGCAUUGUCACAACACGAGAGCUGGUCUCCUCAGAAUAUUACAUUUGGAACUCCACAGGUGACGCCCCGGUGUCCUCUGGUGCUGUGACGGCAUCUCAUUAAUGCACAUCGGCCUUAAUAAAUCAUUGUAGAUAUUAAACAAGGAUCAGGCACAUAUGGAAAUGCUGCUGUCACACAGUGUUAACUUACAUUUACAGUCUGCCUUUCACAUAUCAGUGUGUUUUUUCUGUCAAAAUAUGAAAUCCUCAGUGUCUCAGAAUGUGUCCCAGAAUUCCUUUAUUUAGAUGAAAAUGGACUGAUAUAUAAUGAAUGACUGGUCGGAGAACCUGAUAAACAUUUAAUAUAUAAUAUAAUUAUUAUUUUCUAGUCAUAAAUAUAUUUAGCAAUUAACUAGCUUUUAUACAACAUAAUAAGAAAAGUUUUUAUUCAAAUGUUCUUUCAUUUUCACUAAUAAGAAGUAAUGAAGAAUUAAAAUUCAAUUAACAGUUCUUUCAGUUUGCUUCAGAAUGGGCCCCGAGUGUUUACUGGUGUUCAGACUUUGGUUUUCCCUAUUAGCUGUUCAGCUGGUUUAUAUAGAGGCCCCUUGAGCUCACUCACAAGAGGACUUUGGCCCUGUGCUUGUUUGGUGAGGCUGAAAAGAGUGUAUUUUGAUGGGAGAGAAGGCAGUUGUUGAGGAGAAAUACCAGACUGGUAUCCAAAGAGGUUCUUAAUUAGUUUCCAAAGUGACCCAUAGAGGUCCCACUUAAGCUUGUCUCGGUCUCUCUUCUGCCCAACAAAAACAGUUAAUGGAGACUUAAAAAUACCAGUCAUCCAACUUGCAACUAAAGGACCCUUUAAUUCUGGUCUUUUAUUGUUUCAAUAGGAAAUAAAUUAUGCAGCCCAUGAUGUUAUAGAAUGUAUCUGCUUAGCUAAAUGUUAUAAACCUAACCAGGUGCAUAAAUUGUGUGUCACCUUAUACAUUGUGUGGUUCUGGGCAGAAAGCCAUUUCUGCAUAGGUAUUAAUAGCAGCUGAGCUGCAUUUGGCUGUCAAUUAUGGCUGAGAAUUCCCAUGGAGCAAGAUGAUGAUGAUGGUUCAGCUGGAGCCACGUAAGAGCUCUCCACUGAAGCAAACCAUUGUCUGAGAGAUGAAUUGUCUGCCACGUCUACUGAUUGCAUUGCUGCGUCUCUGUAAGAACAAGGCAGGGCUGCAUUCUCAGAAGGAUUUCUUCCUUAGAACACUGAGCGUGAUCAGUCUUACGGCUGAAGCAAGUCUCCAAUCAGGUCCUCUUCAUUUGCUCUGUGCGUCUGUAUUCAAAGAGCUUCUCAGAGAAUUCCACACGUCCUCUUAGUCUGACUGGCUCCUGACCUGGAGUCAACUGGGCCAUUCCCCGUCAUACAGCAAUUCUAAAGGAAUGUGUUUCGGAUUCUUACUGGAAUUUCUACAAUAAUAAGGAAUCAUAAUUUGAAAAAAAAAAAAGAUGGUUGAUUAUUUUAUUUAAAUCUUACAUCCUAUUGGAUAUUAUGUGGUCUUUAUUGUAUAAAAAAAAAUGUCU